CGUUACGCUAAGAACCUGACAGGGUGGCCGUAUUUAUGAGGAAAGGGACUGAUUUCAGAUGGAGCCCCAGAAACUGGUUCGUACGCUGUUCAUUGAUUACCGCCAUUGACGACGAAGGUUGAGACUUAAUUCGUUGGCGCCAGUGCCAUUUAAUGCAGCUACCUAACUGUCGGUGACAGCCGGGCGAGGAAGGAUUAAACAGAGAAAGAUGGAUCGAAUUCAUCAAAUCCGCCGCAAUUCAAUUUCUCCUUAUAUCCAUUUCCGCCCAAUUUGAGAAAGUAAGUAUGGCAGCGGCGGCUGGGGAAUUGCGGAGGAGCUUGGCCGAGUUGAGAGAAACCUUCAGAAGCGGCGCAACCAAGGGAGUUGACUGGAGAAAAGCUCAGCUCCGAGCCGUUCUCAAGCUCAUCGACGAAAGGGAAGACGAAAUCGUCGGAGCCCUAGGACAGGAUCUCGGUAAGCACGCCGUGGAGAUUUACCGCGAUGAGAUUGGUGUUGUGAAAAAAGCAGCCAACCAAGCACUGAACUGUGUUGACAAAUGGAUGGCGCCAAAAAAGGGUCUGCUUCCACUACUUUUCUGGCCAGCAAGAGGAGAAGUGUUGCCUGAACCACUUGGCCUAGUACUUAUUUUUGUGCCUUGGAACUUCCCGUUGUCUCUGGCAUUGGAUCCUUUGAUUGGAGCCAUAGCUGCUGGAAACACAGUUGUGGUAAAACCUUCAGAGCAAGCCCCAGCAUGCUCUGCUUUUCUUGCUAACACCAUCCCUCUUUACUUGGACCGCAAAGCCAUUAAAGUCAUUGAAGGUGACGCAAGCAUUUCCGAACAACUUCUGCAGCAGAGAUGGGACAAGAUAUUUUUCACAGGCAGUCCACGGGUAGGACGGAUUGUCAUGUCUGCAGCUGCAAAGCAUUUGACACCAGUUACCCUGGAGUUAGGCGGGAAAUGCCCCCUCAUUCUGGACUCUCUCCCUGAUCCUUCAGAUAUCGAGGUGGCUGUCAAAAGGAUUGCCGGAGGAAAGUGGGGGCCUUGCAGUGGACAAGCAUGUAUAGCAGUAGAUUAUGUUCUUGUCGAAGACAAGUUUGCAUCUAUUCUGAUUGAGAUGCUGAAGAAUGCUAUCAAAAGAUUUUAUGGCGACAAUCUGAAAACCUUGAAGAACCUCUCCAGAAUUGUAAACAAGCACCACUUUGAUAGAUUACGCAACCUUAUUGAAGAUCCUUCCGUUGCAGCUACCAUUGUCUAUGGAGGUUCAUUGGAUGAGCAGAACUUGAUGAUCGAGCCAACAAUCUUGUUAAAUCCACCUCUUGAUGCUGAGAUCAUGACGGAAGAAAUAUUUGGCCCCUUACUUCCUAUUAUCACGUUGUCUGACAUCCAAGAAAGCAUUGGAUUCAUAAAUGCUCUGCCGAAGCCUCUUGCCAUAUAUGCAUUCACCAAAAAUGAGACAUUCAAGAGGCAAAUUUUGACAGAAACAUCAUCAGGAAGUGUGACUUUCAACGAUGCUAUAAUCCAAUUCAUAUGUGACGUGUUACCCUUUGGGGGUGUCGGGCAGAGUGGUUUCGGGAGAUACCACGGCAAAUACUCGUUCGAUACCUUCAGCCACCAAAAGGCGGUUCUCCACAGAAGCUACAUGCUGGAGCUAGAGCCCAGGUAUCCUCCAUGGAACGAAUUCAAGAUGCGCUUCAUCAGAUUGGCCUACGAUUUUAAUUACCUGGGGCUUCUCCUACUCAUCCUGAUGCGCUUGGUGAUGCCCAAGAGAAGAAGAAAUUCACAUGCAUCAUCAUCAUCCCACUCUGAUUAAAACCAACAUCUAUGAUUCUAUCCCCCACACCCCAUACAAAGUUCUUCAUCUCCUCCUCCUCCUCCUCCUCCUCCUCCUCCUCCUUCGUCUGGUAAUUUAGGGAAAUACUACUGCGUACUAGACUUUCGUGGUCAUGGAUGAAAUGAUUUCUUCUUGUGCCCACUACUCUCUCUUUCUCUACGUCGUGUGUAUUUGACUGGUUAAUGCGAUGAGAUAAUGAACUCCGUUUUCCCCACCAUCAUGUUCAUAGCAUGGCUGCCGGGGAAUUUCCUUUA